AUGGCGCGACCACGCCAAUUCCAGCCAUACGCCAUCCUUCCGGUCCUGGUGACCUUGACGGCUUUCGUACUCACCUUCCUCUGCGUCUUUGCUGGAAACAAACCGGGCAUGAUGGACGACUAUGCAGUCUUCACACUCAACGUCUCCCGCAUCGGACAGAACGCCCAAGCGCUCUCUCCCUGUCGAUGUCGAAGCAUUCCCGACACCAGUCACCCUCCCGUCAGCAAAAUCUCUUCGGCCCUGAACUCUGCCCAAACCUCCGUCGUCGAAGCCAUCAACGACACAUACAUGGACUUCAUCGAAGAAAUGGAUCUCAGCGAUUUCUACGCCAUUCAUCUCCGUACCACUUGUUCCGGAGAAUUUGUGAUGCCCAACGGUACCAACGUUACGAUCGGUGUCUCAGCUCCCCCGCCAAAUGGUACGGAGAAGGUGAUUACAUCUUGCGACCAACAUUCCGACCUCAACCCGCUCAUUUUCAUUCGGGUCCUUUAUUACAUCGCAAUCAUAUGUCUCGGCCUCGCCCUCCUCCUCAGCAUUUGGUCCGUCAUCUCCUUCUCUCGAAAGAAGGUCAUCGCCAACGUAAUCUUCUGUCUCCCGGCCCUCGGCUUUCUGGCUCUAGCUUCCGUAUCCUCUCACGGCAUCGCCAUCGGUUCUGCGGCAGUUCUCAACUUCUUGGGAGAUGGGAUCGGCAUUCGGGCGAACAAAGGGGGCAAGUUCAUUGCUUUGACCUGGGCGACGACGAUUCUUGUGCUUGUUGAUUUGGGACUUUGGGUUUUGCUUUUCCUUGUAGGAGAGCGUUUGCCUGGAGUUAAGGAUCGGGGGGUGAGGGAGAAGGAGAUGGAGAUGGAGAGGGAAAAGGAAAGUCAUGAGUUGCCGAGGAUUAGACAUUUGGGGACGAGUAACGGGGAGCAGGAGAAGAGGGGUUCUGCGCCUUGGCCGUUUGCUGAGAGGCGGUGA